ACUUGCAAGUUGACUGUUUAACCUUCAUCAGGUGGACGACUGUAAGAUUUUCUUUCGUGGGAACUGUAAAAUAAUCGACAUCGCCGUUUUUCUGGUUCAUCCAGUCCGUUUUACAUCAUUGUUCAAGAUGGCUAUCGGCGACUAUCCCGUAGAAUACAAUCCCAAAGUGCACGGACCGUACGAUCCGGCUCGUUAUUACGGCACACCCGACACACCGUUUUCUCAAUUGAAACUUGGAGAGGUUACUGAAUGGAUUGGACGUCGUAACAAAUCACCAAAAGCAAUUGCUGGAUUAUUUUCCCGGGCUUAUUGGAGAUGGUCACACAAAUAUGUACAACCAAAACGUACAACAGUUGCUCCAUUGAUUCAUAUUCUUGCUGGUUCCAUGAUAUUCUUCUAUGCUAUUAACUAUGGCAAAUUUGUUCAUCAUCGCAACUACAAACACCACUAAUAGUUAAAUAUUAAGCAGCAGAAUUUAUAUUAUUAGUCUGAUAAACAUGAUGGUUUAAAACACUCAUACAAUAAAAUAAAAUACAUGUAUUUGAAUUUCAAAACAACAAAAUGUCUUUUUUUUAAAGUUAGUAUCAAUUUGUAAUAUUUAUAGACAUUAAAAAAAUUAUACUUAAAGAAAAGUUAAUAUUAA